CGGAAUCAGUUGAUGUUUCGCGAUUGCUGCGGUUUCGUAUGCCAAAAUGGACCUCCAGAGUGUCCUGGAGAAAUGCGGUAACUUUGGCCCCUAUCAAAUCCUCCUGCUGGGUCUGUUUGGAUACACGAACAUUGUGUCCUCGUUGCACUACUUUUCGCAGACCAUCAUUAGUUUCACGCCAUCGCACAGAUGUUCUCAACCAAAAGAAUUUCAACCGAAUUCCACGUUCCUGCUGUCCUGCAGUGUGAUCCUGAUCGAUGAAGAUCGGACCUCUUUUCGGGAUUCCAAGUGCUCCUCCUGGGACUUCGACAAGGAAAGCAACUACGAGAGUGUUACCACAGAGCUCGAGUGGGUCUGCGACGAUGCCUACAAACUGGCAGUGGGUCAGUCCUUCUUCUUCAUUGGUUCCGCCCUGGGAAGCAUAUUCUUCGGAUACUUGGCCGAUCGCAUAGGACGUCUUCCUGCCUGCGUUCUGUCGACCCUAACAGGAGCCUCUGGAGAUUUCUUCACCUCCUUCGUGGGAAGCCUGCCCUGGUUCUCGUUCACACGCUUUAUAUCUGGUCUGUCUAUGGACACCCAGUAUGUCCUGAUGUACAUUUUGGUGUUCGAGUACUUGAGUCCAAAACACCGCACCUUUGGGCUCAACAUCAUCUUGGGUGUCUUCUAUUGCGUUGGGCUAAUGAUAUCACCCUGGAUAGCAAUUUGGUUGGGCAACUGGCGGCGUUACCUCUGGGCUGCAUCACUUCCGGCGCUUGGAAUGCUUCUAUUCCCCGUGUUUCUCCAUGAGAGCGCCGAGUGGCUGUUGACAAAGGGAAAGUUCGAGAAGGCAGUUAAAAGUCUUCGAGGCGUCGCCAAGUUCAAUGGACGAGAAGUAAAUGACUCUGUUUUCGAUGAGUUCGUUAAGCACUACCGCGAAAAGCUAAACAACUCGCAGAAUAAAUCUUCAGAUACCUUUAUGGGUAUGUUGAGGACUCCAAGACUGAGGAAAUUUACCAUUAUUUUAUUGAUCAAAUCAAUGAUCAUUACGAUUGCAUUCGACAUCCUGAGUCGCAAUGUUGAAGGCGUGGGCAUUUCGCCGUUCAAGCUCUUUUCCUACUCUGGAUUCUGUUACCUGCCUGCCGGUCUGACCAUUAUCCUAUUCCAGAACAAAAUCGGGCGGAAGGGCAUGGCCUGCGCCUCUCUGCUUAUGGGUGCCAUUAUCACGGCGGCCACUGGUUACUUGGUGGCCACCCUGGAUCCAGUAGACUAUUCGGUACUUUUGGGAUUUAUGGUCAGUCUGGGAAGAUAUGGCGCAGUGGUGGCUUACGACGCUGAGGCCCAGUAUGCAGCUGAAAUUAUUCCAACCAGUGUCAAGGGACGAGGAGUGGCCAACAUCCAUGUGGUGGGCAAUGCCUUCGCGUUCUUCAGCUCCUACAUCAUCUACUUGGGAACUUUUUACAAGCCACUGCCAUCUCUUCUGAUCAGCUUCGUUUUACUAAUCGGCGCUAGUUUGUGCCUUGCUCUUCCGGAGACUUUGCACAAAAAUCUUCCGCAGAAUCUCGAAGAGGGCGAAAUAUUUGCGAAAGGCGAGAAAUGGUAUUUCUUUCCCUGCUUUUCGCGCAGGCAGAAACCACAUAAAUCUGCGUCACAAAUGGAGUCAUCCGACAAUAUUUCCAAUUAGUUUUAAGUUUUUAUUCAAAAUACAAAUACAUAUUACA